GCACGGGGUUAUAACGACCACGAGCCACAAAUCAAGCCCUCCAAAAUAACCCAAAUGAGCUCUUACUUUGUAAACUCGUUCUCAGGGCGCUACCCAAAUGGCCCCGACUAUCAGUUACUAAAUUAUGGGACCGGCAGUUCCAUGAACGGUUCUUACAGAGAUUCAAGCACCAUGCAUUCCAGCUCUUAUGGCUACAACUACAAUGGGAUGGACCUUAGCAUCAACCGCUCAGCCUCCUCCAGUCACUUUGGGGCUGUGGGCGAGAGCUCCCGCGGUUUCCCUUCUCCAGCUCAGGAGAGCAGGUUUAGACAGGCGUCCAGCUGCUCCUUAUCUUCUCCCGACUCCCUGCCCUGCUCCAACAGCGAGAGCCACGGAGGCAAACCCGCCCCGUCCCCCUCCGAGCCGGCUCCUGCUGCCAGCAGCACCAACACAAAUUUCACAGAACUAGACGAGACCAGCGCGUCCUCGGGAGCCGACGAGGGCACUCCAAUAAGCAGCAGCAUCCCCCGAGCGCAGGCAGAGCCCAUCGCGACCUCCACGGCAGCGACAGAAGGGCAGGCACCUCAGAUAUUCCCUUGGAUGAGGAAACUUCACAUUAGCCAUGACAUGACUGGACCAGACGGGAAGAGGGCGAGGACAGCGUACACUCGCUACCAGACCCUGGAGUUGGAAAAGGAAUUCCACUUCAAUAGAUAUCUCACCCGCAGGCGGAGGAUAGAGAUCGCUCACGCGCUCUGCCUCUCCGAGCGCCAGAUCAAAAUCUGGUUCCAGAACCGGCGCAUGAAGUGGAAGAAGGAUAACAAACUGAAAAGCAUGAGCCUGGCCUCGGCCGGCAGCGCCUUCCAGCCCUGAGCCUCGCCAGCGCCAAAACCGGCGGCAAAAACGAGCGGGAGGCGAAGAGGAAGGAGAAGAGGAGGAAGGCGAGGAAAAAAAAAAAAAAAUUAAAAAAAAAUAAUACACAACCCAAAACCACAGCGAAACCCCCGAGUGAAUAAUGAAAUAAAGAAAGGAGCGGCAGAUGCGCGGUUUGGGAGGACUGAGCAGCGAGGCACCUUCGGGGCUGAUUCCUCCCCAGAGCAGCUCCUGGCGGUGCCCUCAGCCCAGGACUGAGCUCCCCUUUUUGGAAGUUUUUUUGUUGUUGUUUGUUUGUUUGUUUGUUUAAAAACAAGGCAAAAAAAAAAGAAAUUAAAUUUUAUUUCCAGAUGCUCCUCCUGCUCUCGUUGUUCUUCUGAAUGUGUGUGUGUCCGUGCUCUCUUGGUGCUUUCUGGAAAGCUGGCAUGUGUUCUG